AACGAAACUGUCAUCGAGAUUCCUGCACCGCAAAGUUCUGCAUCCGCGAUUACCGAUUUCACUAGUUUUUUACGGAAAUAUUCUUGCUAAAUUGAUCGAUUUCUCUCGUACGACACCUUACAAUAACUGUUAAUAACGAUGGCACUGCCGUUCAACUCCAAAUUUAUCACAAACCGCUUAUUGCUUAACAAAUGUUGCAACAUCUGGUGGAGACCUUACGUGAGUGGUCCCUCGGAUGGAGGUCGGGCCAGCAAUCCGGAAGGUCCUACCGUUAACAUUCCUUCAAAAGAGGUGGUAACAGCGCUGCCUCCGCUUUCGGAACCGAUUCCGGAUCUUCCACCGGUUCAGUAUGCUAGACCCGGGGAUCAGAAGAAUGUUACCCAGGUUACUCGAUUGGCCAAUGGUUUGAGGGUUGCUUCCGAGAACCGUUUCGGUCAGUUUUGUACCGUUGGGGUUGUCAUAGAUAGUGGUCCACGUUUUGAGCUGGCCUAUCCGAGCGGAGUUUCCCAUUUUCUGGAGAAGUUGGCCUUCCAAUCGACGCAAGCGUUCAGCGAAAAGGAUGUCAUCUUCAAAGAGCUGGAGAAGCAUGGAGGAAUCUGUGAUUGUCAAAGCUCUCGAGACACUUUUGUCUAUGCGGCAUCUGCCGACAGUCGGGGUCUGGAGUCGGUCAUUCGAAUUCUGGCUGACGUGGUGCUUCGGCCCCGGUUGACUGCCCAAGAAGUGGACAUCGCUAGGCAGACGAUCAAGUUCGAGCUGGAAACGCUGGGAAUGCGCCCGGAACAGGAACCGAUCCUGAUGGAUAUGAUCCAUGCGGCCGGAUUCCGGGAUAACACUCUUGGCUUUCCCAAACUGUGUCCGGCCGAAAAUGCUGAGAAAGUCGAUCGGAAUGUGCUGCUGUCCUAUCUGAGACAUCAUCACACCCCGGAGCGUAUGGUUUUGGCUGGUGUCGGUGUUCCCCACGACGAGUUGGUUCGUUUGGCGGAACGUUUCUUCCUGGAAGGUUCUCCAACCUGGGAGGCAGAGAAGAUCGCUUCGAAGGACCCGACUGGGGUUGACACUUCCGUAGCCAUGUAUACCGGUGGUUCCAAGCUGGAAGAAUGUGCAAUUCCUGUGUACGCAGCCGUGGGUUUGCCGGAACUGGCCCACGUAGUUAUAGGACUGAAUGGUUGCUCCCAUCAGGAUAAAGAUUUCAUCGCAGCAUGUGUGCUAAAUAUUAUGAUGGGAGGAGGAGGUUCUUUCUCGGCUGGUGGUCCCGGUAAGGGAAUGUACACUCGGCUGUACACAAAUGUGCUGAACCGUUAUCAUUGGAUGUACAGUGCCACCGCUUACAAUCACGCCUACGGAGAUUCGGGACUUUUCUGUAUCCAUGCCACGGCUCCGCCAACGCAUGUCCGCAACUUGGUAGAGGUAAUCACCAGGGAGCUUUACACAAUGCAAUCUCGACCGGGCGAUCAGGAAUUGCGCCGUGCCAAAACGCAACUCCAAUCGAUGUUGCUGAUGAACUUGGAGGCUCGUCCCGUCGUUUUCGAAGAUAUCGGUCGACAGGUCCUGGCUACCGGUGAGAGGAGACGACCGGAAUACUUCAUCCAGGAAAUCGAAAAAAUUACCGCCGAAGACAUCCAGAAUGUGGCCAAGCGGUUCCUAGCGUCGCCCCCAUCGUUGGCAGCCCGCGGUGAAAUAAAGGGCAUUCCGGACGUCAAAGACAUACAGACUGCACUUUCCGGCGAGGGUCGGCUACCGGGCAACCGAAGGCUGUCGCUGUUCCGGUAAAAUGCGCGGGCUGCAGCAGUGAUCGCAUCUAUUUUCGUUUUAAAACUGUGAGUACUCCCUCUUAGCGUUAGUUGAUUGAACCUCCUUGUGAAAGAUUAUGUGCUUUGUGUUAACAACGAAAUUUAUCACCCGAGGAGAGUAACAACAAGUCCAUCAAAUGGAGAUUUGUUUUGUAAUGAUAAAAUAUAUUAGGGUCUCUUUAGUCAAGCUGAA